CGCAUUCUAGAAUCGUAUUUGCACUUGGCUGUGUGAGUUCGUAGCAGAUAUUCUGCAACAAAGUUCUCAAGUAUUAAAGGUUUCUAGUCGAUAAAAUAGUCAGGCGUUACCCUCUGCUAUCGAAGAUGAAGCUCCAGCCGAUGCUGAUGGUGACGUGCUCUCUGGCCCUGGUUGGUGCAGCGAGCGGCAAAGCCUGGGACCACUACGACACGCUCGGCGUUGGCAGGAAGGCUUCGGACGCCGAAGUCAAGAAGGCGUUUCGGACGCUCGCCAAGAAGUAUCAUCCGGACAAGAACAAGGCAGAGGACGCCGAAGAGCAGUUCACGAAGAUAGCCCAGGCUUACGAGGUGCUUAGCGACAAGGAGAGGCGGCGGCAGUAUGAUAGCAUGGGUCAUGCGGCACACACGCAGACAGAUAGCCGGCAGCAGCAGCCGACAUCAGGAGAUUUCAGCUUCGACUUUGCAGACAUUUUUAGUCAUUUUGACUCGGACAGUUUUAGAUUCGAAGUGCCGAAGAAAGGUUACAAGUUUGGAGAUUUUAACUUCAAGUCAAUCUUCGACGACAUGGACGAUGGAAUCUUUGGAGACUUCAUGAUGGACGAUCUGCCUAACUUCGGUUUCCAUGGCAACAAACAAAAACGGCAUCAGCAACGUCACCGUCGCAAUCAUCACACCUGGGAAGCCACAGGAUCGGAGCAUUGUCGGAAGGUGACCGAGAGAAUGGGAAACACCGUGACAACAUACAUGAAGUGUUCAUAACGCCGCUGACAUCUGUGAGGGUGACAACGUGCAUGCGAUGUUAGUGACAUUGGUGACAUCUAUCCUGGUGACAACGUACGUGCAUUGUUUGU